AUGUCAGACAUCUCAUCUCCUCCUCCGGCCGACCAAUUAGCCGCCGUCACACUCGACUCCGACGAGAUCCCCAAAGCAGAAUUCUCAGACCGAGUCCCGAUCCAAUCCAUAAUCCGCCGCGAAGACGGCGGCUCAGGUUUAGCAGGCAAGAAGGCUAGGAUUGGCGGCUGGGUGAAGACCGGAAGGAAAGCCGAUAAAGACGCAUUCGCUUUCUUGGAACUCAACGACGGAUCAUGCGCCGGAAACCUCCAAGUUAUCGUCGAAGCUUCGCUUUCAGACCUCGGACAACUCGUUCUCACCGGAACUAGCGUCGUCGUCGAUGGCCAUCUCAAACUGCCUCCCGCCGGUACUAAGCAGAAGAUCGAGCUUCGCGCUGAUAAGGUUCUGCAUGUAGGUCCUGUUGAUCCUUCCAAAUAUCCUUUGCCUAAAGGGAGACUCACUCUUGAAUUCUUACGAGAUUUCGUUCAUCUUCGUUCCCGAUCCAACGCGAUAUCUGCUGUUGCUCGGAUUCGGAAUGCACUUGCUUAUGCUACACAUACUUUUUUCAACAAGCAUGGAUUUCUUUAUGUGCAUACGCCGAUUGUGACGACGAGUGAUUGUGAGGGUGCUGGUGAAAUGUUUCAAGUGACAACUUUGUUCAGUGAAGCAGAGAGGUUGGAGAAGGAUUUGAUACAGAAUCCUCCUCCAACUGAAGCUGAUAUUGAGGCCGCUAAGCUUGUUGUUCAGGAGAAAGGAGAGGUUGUUUCGCAAUUGAAAUCUGCGAAAGCUAAUAAGAAAGAGAUUAGUGCUUCUGUGGAUGAACUUAAAAAAGCAAAAGAGAAUGUGUCGAAGUUAGAGGAAAGAUCUAAACUUCAGCCUGGUAUUCCUCGAAAGGACGGAAAGGUAGAUUAUACUAAAGAUUUCUUUGCCCGUCAAGCUUUUCUGACUGUUUCUGGUCAGCUUCAAGUUGAGUCUUAUGUGUGUGCUCUUAGUAGUGUGUAUACAUUUGGCCCAACAUUCCGAGCUGAGAAUUCUCACACUUCAAGGCAUUUGGCUGAAUUUUGGAUGGUAGAACCUGAAAUUGCGUUUGCAGACUUGGAGGAUGAUAUGAACUGUGCUGAGGCAUAUGUGAAAUUUUUGUGUCAGUGGUUGCUUGACAACUGCCUUGAAGAUAUGCAAUUUAUGGCUGACAAGAUUGAUAAAGGUUGCAUUGAUCGUUUGAAAUUGGUUGCCUCCUCUCCAUUUGUUCGACUUUCAUACACAGAAGCCGUGGAAAUACUGGAGGAAUCUGUGAAGAAUGGUAAGAAAUUUGAGAAUGAAGUAAAAUGGGGGAUCGAUUUAGCUUCUGAGCAUGAAAGAUACCUUACAGAAGUUAAGUAUCAGAAGCCUGUCAUAGUCUAUAACUAUCCAAAAGAUAUCAAAGCAUUCUACAUGCGCCUCAAUGAUGACUCAAAGACAGUAGCUGCUAUGGAUGUUCUUGUCCCAAAGGUUGGAGAGUUAAUUGGUGGAAGCCAAAGGGAAGAGCGUUAUGAUGUCAUUCAACAAAGAAUAAAGGAGAUGGAUCUGCCUGUUGAGCCAUAUGAAUGGUACCUAGAUCUGAGGCGGUACGGAACUGUGAAACAUGCUGGAUUUGGUCUUGGCUUCGAAAGGAUGAUUCUUUUUGCCACCGGCCUGGAAAAUAUUAGAGACGUGAUUCCCUUCCCAAGGUACCCUGGCAGAGCAGAUUUAUGA